GCAACUACGCACGUCACCGACCUGGUCUCGGCUCACUUCGAGCAUUAGUUUAUUUAUUUGUGUUUUUUUCAAACAAAGUUUAUUAUUGUUACUGUAAAUUGAUGUUUACUUAACAUACAAUCGUGGGUGUUUCCUGGAAGGUGAACUUUUUAUUGCAGAGGAGGGCCUUUAUUUUAUAAGACUUAGUGUGAAAACCUAAGUAGCCCCGCGGACUUGGCUGAUGCCCCCCUCACACAUCGCGCCUUUGUCGUGAAUCAUGUCGCGCCGUAAACAGAAGCGACCGCAGCAACUCGUUAACACGGACCCGGGAGGCACGCGGUUGGCAUCGCAAGGUGAACAGGUGGCAGUGAAAUCACCAUCAACCUCUCUUGCUUCAGAAGCUACCUCAUCAUCGUCUUCAUCAUCCCCCUCUUCCCUCAAAGACUGUCAGCCUCCCUUAGCCCCAAGGCCAUCCCCUGGAGGCCUGCAUGCCCCUUCUCUUCCCAAUGAAAGCUCCUCUCCUCCCCACUGGCCAAGCCAAAUUGCCCCCUAUGCCAGCUCUCUUCCCAACACCCAUUCUUCCCUCUCCCCAGAUUUCCCACACCCAUCCCUGUCCUCCCAAACUCGAUCUCCUCCUCCCAUCCAACAGAAGUCUCAUAUUCCAGUACAUCAGCCUCACUCCACGAUAACCUCUCCUCAGAUGGGUAUAUCAGCUACAGCUACAAAUUCUUCUUCAUCAUCUUCUUCAUCCCUCAAUACAAUUCCACACACAGGGAGCCCUAGUUCCACACAGCACAACCCCUCCAGUCCACCAGAGGAAGUGCAAGUACCUCCUACCCUAGCUGUACUCUUAGAGGAACUUCGUGUCUUGCAGCAAAGACAGAUCCACCAGAUGCAGAUGACUGAGGAGAUCUGCAGGCAGGUAUUGCGUCUGGGUGGAGUAGUCACCAACCAGGAUACAACUCAAGGAUCUCUGGAUAACCAUCAGAGAACCUCUGGAUCUCUCUCACCAUCUCUGUCCACCCCAGGUCCAUCUACAUCUUCUCCCUUACCCUCCUCCCUUCCAACUCUGAUUCCACAGGCUGUUGUUUCAAAAUCCAACAUCUCUCAUAUUAAUGGACAUCGAACUACAUAUGCCUCUUCAUCAUCCACAUCCUCAACGGCUACAUCAUCUUUGGUCACUUCAGGAACUUCACUGCACCCCCUGUCUCUGUCAUUGGGACUUCCUCGUUACCUCCAUGAGAAAUCGCCUAACACGUCCUUGAGCCAUGCUGUUAGCUUCCCUACACCUCCUCUUCUCACCUCUAGCCUGUCUCAGGAGCAGCUGUCACUCAGCUCUGGUGUGGGAUCCUCAGGUGGGUCUUUGACAUCCUCAUCAGGUCGCCAACAGCAUGUGUGCCGUUUUUGUGGGAAAGUUCUGAGCAGCGACUCUUCCUUACAGAUCCACCUGAGAUCCCACACAGGUGAAAGGCCAUAUCAGUGUCCUGUCUGCCUCAGUCGUUUCACUACACGUGGGAAUCUCAAGGCCCACUUCCUACGUCAUCGCGAGCAGAACCCAGAGCUAUCGCUUUCUCUUCUCCCACCUGCCCUGUCAGAACAGAGCCAAUCAGGAUCUGGGUCUGGGGCAGCUCAUAGACGCAGGAAGCGUCGUGCAGAAGAUGAAGAGCCUUUUGGGGUUAAAGCAAGUGUGGGAGUGCCUGAUGGCUUGGCUCUAGGUUUCCUGUCUGGGUCAUCUUCUCGUCUGUCUCCUUCCUCUCUGCCAUUGCCACCCAGUGUAGAUCUGGCCCUCUUGUCCACUGCUCAUUCUCUGCUGCAGCUUAAUCGUGCUUCUGCUGCUGCAGUGGCCUCUGCUUCAGCCAGUGUACAGUCCUCUUCUGCAUCCACCACCUCCUCAUCUUCCUCUGCUAUGACAGGCCAGUUCAAGGGUGCCAAGCAGCAGAGAUUUGAUGAGAACACACCUCCACACUCCACCUUACAUCCUAGUUCUCCAUAUUCUCAGCUAGCUCACCUCCCCAAGAUCCUCUUCCCCACAGGUCCCUCGCCCCAUCAUCCUGGCCUGGCUCUCCUUCGUCCUCCUCACCUUCCCUCCCCUCACCCCCAGCUCACCUUUCCAUUCUCACCUUACCCCAAACCACAGACCUCUUCUGCCUCCUCCUCCUCUCCAUGUUCUUCAUCUUCUACUUCUGAGACCUCCAAGCUUCAGAGACUGGCACAGAAACUGGAAAAGCAGUCUCCAUCCAAAACUGUCAAUGAGGACCACACUAAUGGCAGCACCCAAGCCAAUGAUGUCUCCACCACUUCCAGCACUAAUACUAUGUCAGCAUACAGGAGGGAGAUGAUGGCAGCCUUGGGCCUAAACCCUAACCCCAACAGUGAGUUGAGCACCCAGACCAUCUCAGGGUCAAUCCCCUCUCUACCCUCUCUGGCCCCUAACCAGUGUGGUGUAUGCCUACGUAUUCUUAGUUGUCCCAGGGCACUGCGUCUUCAUCAAGCCACACACCUGGGCGAGCGUCCCUUUCCCUGCAAACUUUGUGGCCGAUCUUUCUCCACUAAAGGUAGUCUGAGGGCUCAUCUGGCCACCCACAGAGCACGGCCACCCAAUGCGCGCACCCAGAAUUCCUGUCCGCUCUGCCAGCGUAAAUUCACUAAUGCUGUGGUGCUACAGCAUCACAUUCGGAUGCAUCUGGGAGGCCAGCUGCCUCCAGAGGGGAAUGAAGAUUUGGGGCCAGAGGAAGAAACUGGUCAAAUUGGUAGUGUCACCAUGCCUAAGACCAUCCAGUGUCUUCCUCUUAAUAUGAGUACUACUGUCUCUUCCUCUAUGACUAGCACACUACAGUCAAGCACUGCUUCUAGAAAUGCCAUAUUACCUGAUGCAGACCAAGCAAUGGAGUCAAGCAAUCAAGAUCCCUCUGACACAUCUGGUAUUAGUCCAACUCCAAUCACUGAUACAGUCAUAGAGAAGCAAGACCAUACUAGCUCCUCUACCUCUGACAACCCAGCUGCUAUCUCCUCUCCUUUAAAGGAGGUUGCUGACAAUGAUAUCCACCCUAAUAUUGUUAGUGUUUAUGCCCUUAAUGCUAUCAAGGCCCAUCAUAUCAGGUCUCAGACCAGUGCUGUAAAUGUAAAUGGUUCCAGGGAGGAUGACGAGAACACUCCAUUAUCCCUCUGUACCAGGACAACUUUCCAGGACUCUCAGCCUAACAACAGAGGUCUUGUAGGGUCUCACACUUUGGUAGCCAGUGGCAUAAAAUCCAACCCAGAUUCUGCAGCUCUUAAUCUUUCACCUGAACUCACACCACCCACAAGCCCAUCCCUUCAAACCAAGCCAGAACUCAGUGCUUCUCAAAGAUCCAUGCCUGUGAAUAGAACUGGGCUGGAUCCUGAAUCUAAAGAGGAUGACUUUCUCCCAGGUAUCAAAAGUGAAUGUCUGACCUUAGCAGACACUAAUGGAGCUCCAGAGGAGGAUGGGAACAUGAAACUAAGGGAUACUCAGGAGACCAAGAUGACAGAAGGGGUUAACACACAAGCAGGUGUGAAUCUUGUGAGUCAGGUUAAGGAUGAGGAAGAGAUUGCGGUAACCCAGCCAGAUAUAUCAGUUGUUCCUCCACAGCCCCAGCGCCCUGAGAAACCCUACAGCUGUACACAAUGUGGGAAAGAAUAUGCCAGCCGCAGUGGACUGAAGGGUCACAUGAAAAUCCACAGUGGAGCAAUGAGCAAUGGGGCAAAUUCUUCAACUGCUGCCCUGCAGUCUUCAGAGGGAAAUUAUAAAGACUCUAUGGAGUCAAGUCCUCGUCAAGCACAUGGUAACCUUCAAGAAGCUCCUGGAAAUGCACUGGAGAAGAGUUCAGAGAAACCAUCCUUAACAGAGAUUCCACAGGCUACUGCUGGAGAGGGAGAGCCUGAGGAGAGGGCCUAAAUGAAAGAGAUGGGUAAAAGAACACAUCUUGGUAAUGUUUGUUUACCAAUUUCUAAUGGGACUUUUUACUAUUUUGGUGUUAGGUUUAGUCUAAAAUCUGUGAUAUUGUAGAAUGGUAGUGCCUCUGUUAACAUCGUAAUAUUAGUGCCUUUGUUUGAAGACAAUGAAAUGUUGAUAUAAACCAAGCAAGUCCUUGACAUCAGAUAUCAGGAUCCUCAGAAUUAGGAUCCUGGAUGAAUGUGUGUAUUGCAAAUGUUAUUAAGCAUUUUUACUUCCAAACACUGUAGAAUUUAAAAACAAACAAAAAAACAAACAAACAAACAAAAAAAACCAAAUUCAAAAUCCUCUAAGUAUGAGAAUUUCUCAGUUUUUCCUAUAGAUACUUUAUCAACACGAGUAAGACAUUAACCAAUUGAAGGAAAUGGGUUUGUGAUGGGUUUAGAAAGCACAUCAUACCAAAUCUAGUCAGCUGAUCAGCAGUUGACCAGUGUAAAUUCCACCAUUUCUUCACUUUCCAAUAUUCCCACUCUCAUUUUGCAAUGAACAUCAUGCUGCUGUAUUUGCUGGGUGAUACUCAAACUAGCUGCACUGUAAAUAUUUUCAUUAAUUGAAUUGAACUUGAAACACCCUUAUCCUUCCACAGAUUUCACUGCAGUGUUGCUGUUUUCCAUGUGGUACAGUCACACUGAAGUUGAAGCUGAUGUUUACACUUAUGAUUGACAGAAAUUAUGAAUAACAAGUAUGAUCAAGUAUCAUGUAUUUCUAGGCAGUGCUUGGAGAUACUUGAUGUAUCUAUCAGCACCCUAUUUUCAUGGCCUUAUAGAGCUUAACUCUUUUCUAAUGGACCUGUUCAUUCCUAGUUAUCUUUACAAAGUCCCUGACUAAGAUACUCAAAGGGCCUAUAGCUUUUGUGAGCUAUUUUACCUGUGUUGUCUGGUCAUUUCUUUCCUCUCAUCAGUUAUUCAGGAAGAAUGGUGCCCUUUAUCGGUGCAUUGCACUGAAUUCUUUUUAGCUCCUUAUGCUUUUUUGUUAUUUGUUCCCCAUCACUGUUGUGAUUUUAAAUCUGCUCCUACUUUGUUUUAAGGGGAGGAAUAAAAACCGAAUGAAUGUCAAGUCAUUCAGAUAAA